AUGGAACCACCCGCAACUGCUCACCCCAACACCCAGGGCAUCCAGGUCUUGGGUCGUUUGUCCGAAGCCCAUCGCGAGGUUUUGACGCCUGCUGCGUUGUCGUUCUUGGCUUCGUUGCACCGUUCGUUCAAUAAGACACGUCUUUCCCUCCUUGCUCGUCGUGUGGAGAGACAGAAGCGUCUUGACGCUGGAGAGUUGCCCAACUUCCUUCCCGAAACUCGUCAUAUCCGCGAAGACCCAACCUGGCAAGGUGCCCACCCCGCCCCCGGCCUUGUCGACCGCCGUGUCGAGAUUACUGGUCCUGUUGAUAGGAAGAUGGUCAUCAAUGCGCUCAACUCCGAUGUCGCGACAUACAUGGCAGAUUUCGAGGAUUCGACCGCGCCGACGUGGGAGAACGUCAUUGGUGGACAGAUUAACUUGAGGGAUGCGAUUAAGAAGGAUAUCCAGUUUUCCUCGAACGGGAAGGAGUACAAGUUGAGGACGGAUAAACGCUUGCCUACUUUGCUCGUUCGUCCCCGUGGAUGGCAUUUGGAGGAGAAACACGUCCUCGUUGAUGGGGAGCCCAUGUCCGGAUCCCUCUUUGAUUUCGGUCUCUACUUCUUCCAUAACGCCAAGGGCCUUGUCGCGUCCGGUACUGGACCCUACUUCUACCUUCCCAAGAUGGAAUCCCACCUCGAAGCCCGCCUCUGGAACGACGUCUUCAAACUCGCUCAAGAUACUCUCGAAAUCCCGCGCGGUACAAUCCGCGGCACAGUCCUCAUCGAAACCAUCAUGGCCGCCUUCGAGAUGGAAGAAAUCAUCUACGAACUUCGCGAGCACUCUGCCGGUCUCAACUGUGGUCGCUGGGAUUACAUCUUCUCCGUCAUUAAGCGUCUGAGGAACCACAAGGCAUAUGUCUUGCCCGACCGUGAUGAUGUCAAGAUGACAGUGCCGUUCAUGGAUGCGUAUGUGAGGUUGUUGAUCAAGACGUGUCAUAAGCGUGGAGUUCACGCAAUGGGAGGUAUGGCAGCCCAAAUCCCCAUCAAGAACGACGAGGAGAAGAACAAGGCAGCGAUGGAUAAAGUCUACCAGGACAAACUCCGCGAAGUCAAGGCCGGACACGACGGUACUUGGAUCGCACACCCCGUUCUCGGCAAGAUCGCGAUGGAGGUGUUUAACCAACACAUGCCCACCCCUAACCAACUCCACGUCCGCCGCGAGGACGUUCAUGUCACGCAAGCUGAUUUGUUGAAUACGGCUGCUACGCCCGGUCAAGUCACCGAAGGCGGAAUCCGCCACAAUAUCGGUGUCGCGCUCGGGUAUAUGGAGGCUUGGCUCCGCGGGACGGGAUGUGUUCCCCUCCACCACCUCAUGGAAGAUGCCGCGACGGCCGAGUUGUCGCGUGUCUCUCUCUGGCAACUCGCGCGUCAUAAGGUCAAGACCGCUGAUGGUCAGACCGUCGAUAAGGAGUUUAAUUUGAGGUUGUUGAAGGAGGAGACGGAGAAGUUGAAGAAAGAGGCGGGAGGACAGGGAAGGAAGUGGGAUGAGGCGUCGAAGUAUUUGGCGGGGCAGGUUGGUGGGGAGGAGGGAUUCGAGGAGUUCUUGACGACUAUGAUUUACGAUGAGAUUACCAGUGUUCAGGGGGAGGCUGCGAAGCUCUAA